CGGCGGAGGGGUGUUGGGGGGGCUACGGCCGGGGCAAGGGCAGCAGGGCGCCUCACCCAGCCAGAGGCGCUGUCUCCUGCAGCCUGGGCGUUGCAUUGGCAGCCGCAGAGCUUGCAGCGGGGCGUCUCGUUGCCGGGGCGAGAGAGCGAAGUCUGAGGCUCCAGCCAGGUAGAGAGAAGUAAGCCAGGAUGGAUUUGUACGAUCCUCAGACGCUGGGUGUUAUGGUCUUUGGUGGUUUCAUGGUGAUUUCAGCUAUUGGGAUCUUCCUGGUGUCCACCUUCUCCAUGAAGGAGACCUCUUACGAGGAAGCCCUGGCUAAGCAACGCAAGGAGCUCGAGAAAACGCAGCAGCACAAAGUGGAGAAGAAAAAGAAAGAGAAACCUGUUGAGAAGAAAGGAAAGGCCAAGAAAAAAGAGGAGAAACCGAAUGGGAAAAUACCUGAGCAGGAGCUGGUUCCGGACGUGACUGAUGCUCCCAAGGAAGUAGACCCUGAACCUGUUGCGGUGUCCGAGCCGGUGAUCAUUGAGUCUCCUAUUUUGGCGGUUUCGGCUCCCCCUCAGGAGAAGGAGAAACCUGCCCCGUCACCUAAAGACAAGAAAAAGAAGGAAAAGAAGGUGGCCAAAGUUGAGCCAGCUCCCCCCCUUGUUACUUCUCCUUCAGUCUCUGUAGCAAAAUCUUCUCCAGUCUUGGAGGUAGCUGCCAAAGAAGUGCCUAUUGUGGCAGUUCCACUGGUUGGCACGCUACAAAGUGCUCCUGUAGUUCAUUCUGUUGCUGUCAAAAAAGCAGAAGCUCUGGUAUCCCAAGAAGAGACAAAACACGACGGAGCUGCCAGGAAGAAGGCUGUGGCCAAGAAGAAGAGUGAGCUGAUUCCUACAGAUGCUGAUGGCCCCCUCUACCUCCCAUACAAGACCCUGGUUUCCACCAUUAGCAGCAUGGUUUUCAGCGAGGGAGAGGCUCAGCAGCUCAUUGAGAUCCUGACUGAUAAAGCAGACGUUCAGGACACCUGGCAUACGGCGACUCAGAAAGGGGACCCGGUUACUACUCUGAAACGUCAGUUGGAAGAGAAAGAAAAGCAACUUGCUACUGAACAAGAGGAUGCAUCUGCUGCCAAAAACAAACUGAGGGAGCUGACUAAGGAGCUUGCAGCUGAGAAGGCCAAGACAGUCGCUGUCGAAACCAAGUUGAAAGAGCAGCUGUUGGCACGUGAACAAGAGAUUACUGCCGUGCAAGCUCGUAUGCAGGCUAGUUACCAGGAUCACGUGAACGAAACCCAGCAGUUGCAAGGAAAGAUUCGGACUCUUCAAGAACAGCUUGAGAACGGCCCCAGCACGCAGCUAGCUCGCUUGCAGCAGGAGAACUCGAUCCUGCGGGAUGCUCUGAACCAAGCCACGAGCCAGACGGAGAGCAAGCAAAAUGCGGAAUUAGCCAAGCUGCGGCAGGAGUGCAGUAAACUAAUGAAAGAGCUGUCUGAAAAAUCGGAGACGCUUCAUCAGGAGGAGCAACAGAAAAAGAACCUGGAGAUAAAGGCUGCUGCAUAUGAAAAACAAAUCAACCAACUCCAGACUUCUCAAAAAGAAACUGAGGCAACACUGCAGAAAAGGCUGGAUGAAGUAAGUGAGGAGCUCCGCAAAUCCCAGACCAGCUACAAGAACCUGCUGGCGGAGGCGGAGAAGGCGAAGGACCAGCAGCAGAGCAUUGCUGAGUCUGAAGCCAAGCUGCUGUCCUAUGAAGCAGAGGUGAAAAGUAAAUCGGAGGAGCUGAGCAGCCUGAAAGUGAAGCUGCUAGAAGCCAGCUCUGAAAAUGAGCAGCUCGCGGAGAGGAUCAAAUCCAUCGAAGCUCUCCUGGAGGCAGGCCGUGCGAAGGAAGUGGAGAAAGACGCAGACUUGCAGGCAGCUAAUCAAGCAGAAAUGAGCCAGCUGCAGCUAAGACUUCAAGCGAAGGCUGACCAGGUCUCCUCGCUCGAAAAGGAAGCUCUGGAGCUGAGAGAGAUAAUCGAACAGCAGAAAACGAAAAACAACGAUCUUCGCGAGAAGAACUGGAAAGCAAUGGAGGCUUUGGCCUCAGCUGAGAAAGCACAUGAAGAAAAGCAGCUUUCUUCCACAAAAGCAAAGGAAGAUUUGGAGCAGCAGCUUAAUGCAAUUCAGACGCAAACAAAGCAGACGCUGCUUUCUCUCUUCCCACAGAUCACUCUAGUUCCACAGCAGGCUUAUGAGGAGUGGCUACAGGAAUUUAAGGAGAAGAGUCUGGGAAUGCUAAAGCAGCAGACAGCUAAAACAGAAUCUCUUGAUUCAGCACUUAAAUUAAAAAAAGCAGAAGAGGCGCAGAGCACUUUACAAGCAGAAUGUGAGCAGUACAGAACUAUUCUUGCUGAGACGGAAAGAAUGCUCAAAGACCUGCAGAAGAGUGUGGAGGAGGAGGAGCAUGUGUGGAAAGCAAAGCUAACAGCGUCGGAAGAGGAACUGCAAAAGUCACAAGUCCGAGUGAAAUCUCUUGCAGAGGCUGUGGACCAGCUGAGGGUAGAGCUCCAGAACACAGAUCAGCUAAAGGAAUAUACUUCUCUUCUGGAAGCACAGCUGGAAAAUCACUUGGAGACGGCCAGUUCCGAACGCCAGAACUACACAAAAGAAGUUGAAGCAUUGAGGCAGCUCCUCUCUGAAUCCCAAGAACAUCUGGAUGCAGCAAAAGCAGAAGCACAGAAACAAAGCCAGGAGCUUGCAUUGGUCAGGCAGCAGUUGAGGGAGAUGAAGAGCCAUGUGCAUGAUGGAGAAGCAGCUGGGUCGCGGGCUGACCCAAGCGAGCAUGAGCCCCUCGAGUUGAAAACGCAGCUGGAACAAACUGAAGCCAACGUGGAUAACGAGCAAGUGCUGAGACAGAAGCUAGUGCUGGAGUUUGAAGAAGCGCAGAGCUCUGUGUGCAGUUUGCAAGCCGAACUGGAAAAGCUGAGAUCCGCUGCAAACGUAGCGUCCUCGGAAACGGAGGAGGUUCAGCACCUGAAGGAAAGACUUGAGAAGGAGAAGAAGCUAACGAAGGACUUGGGACAAGCUGCUACCAAACUCCAAGAACUAUUGAAGAUUACCCAGGGACAACUGGCCAAAGAAAGAGAAGCAGUGAAGAAAUUGAAAGAGCAGCUUCAAGAAACGGGGGAAGACAACGGUUCAAAGGAAGGAACUUCUGUCUGAUGGGUCUAAGAUCUAGAAUUUACUAUUCCACUUACCAAAAUGCCUUACACCUUCCUAAAAAUAUAUGCUCAGUUCUUUUCAGAUAAAGACACACAAGCCAUUAGUGACCCCAGAAACCUCCUAGUUUGAGAUUUAAAAGGAUACAAGUACACACUGCAGACGUACAUCGGUAAAGGAAUUUUCAUACUGUUUUUUUUGUAAAACUGUGUUCCCUGGGGAAAGCCCUGACUGUGUCAGCCAGCUGCUUCCAAGCCUUUACCUUCUGUAGUAACAGAAUCCAUGAAUGUGCGAAAAGGGAAGACUCUGUGUGUGUUCAUCAAUCAGUGCAAUUUUUGUCUUUUUUGGAGUGAAUGAAGCCUGGAAGGUACAUGAUGCCCCUGUUCGUCGUACCAGGCGGCUGUUGGCAAGUGUCCUUGUGAAUUUCUGGAUGGUAAUGCAAUUAAAUCAAUGGUGUAGC